AUGCCCAAAGAAGCCCAACGAGUUGAUUGUCUUGGACUUCACUGGGCAGCUACAACUGGAAAUGUUGGUUUGAUAAAAUUUGCCCUUGAUCAUGGCGUUGAUGUCAAUUCAGUUGCAAAUGGUUACACGCCUCUUCAACUGGCCUGUACAAGCGACUUAAACAUCGCCUCUGUUCAAUAUCUUAUAGACCGAGGGGCGGAAGUAAAUAGUCAAAGAUGGUCUCGAAAAUAUAGUCAUGACAAGUCAAAGGCUGUGGCGGGUGCGACAGGUUCCACCGCACUCCACAUUGCGUGCAUCAAUGGCUGUGUUCGAACUGUCGACCUGUUACUCAGGAAUGGGGCUGUGUCCGAUGUUAAGGACAAGUACGGUUUAACAGCAGUUGACCAUGCAAUUACCAAACAGAACACAGACAUCCUUCGACUACUGCAGAUUAGUCGCAAGAGGUCUGCCUCUUUUAGCGCGCCCUUACAAGCCCCUAACAUAGCCAUGGAACGCUCAAGACGACGACCAAGCUUACCAACCGUGACCUCUCUCCCAAAGCCCCUACCAUCUGUACCCGAAGGACGCCACGUUAUUAUCUUUAACGAGCAACCAGAAAUCAUCCACCAAAAGCCACCACACGCAGAAGCACCACAACCACUAUCACAAUCCCAAUUAAAAGCACAACUACAAUCGCAACCACAACAGAUAUCGCAACCACAACCACAACCACGAUUACGAUUACGAUCACAUUCAGAAUCACACUCUCAAAAAGAAUCACAAUCACAAUCACAUCUUCAGUUUCAAUUACAAAUCCAAAUACAGGCACAACCAUGUUUACACUCCCACUCACCCGCCAUCCCCAUCAGCCCAUCCCGAAUAAGCCCUCAAUCCCCUACCCCCGAACUUUCUUACUCCAAUUCUUCGGAAGACUCGGACCCCCAGACCAUCUCGCCCUGUCACCGUCUGGUGCGGACCGUUGAGUACGAUCCUCAAGAUUGGUACAGCCACGGGGUGCUCCACCCUUAUCAAGAAGACAGCUGCUACCUGGCAUCGCUCGAGCGUCGGGCAUGCGGAACAACCCUUGAAUCGAUCUGCUUGACUGGCCAAGACGAAGACCAGUGGGUAAAAGACGAAGACUUAAUCCAGACCAUUCGCUCGGCAGAAACCACCCAGAAGCGAUCCUGGUGGGGCGGAUCCAUACGCCAGAAAUCGAUCGAUUCGGUUCGUCCGAGCCUAGAAUUCAAACCAGACUUCACGACCCUUCCAUUGGACAACAGUGCUUCGACAUCAGGUUCUAGGAGAAGAAAGGAUGUCUUGUCUCGUUGGUUGCCAUGGAUAUUUAGGAAACGAAAGAGUAACUAA